AUGCCAAGUGAAGCGGACAUGCCUCCUGCGCGGCCGAUCUCUCUAGCCGUGUGGAAUUUCUCCUCGCAGUGGUUCCUCGUCCCGCAAGGGGCGAGCAUCAUCGCGGUCAUUCUGCACCAGCUGCAUUACCAGUUCGGGGCACUGAAGAUUCUCGCAAAGAUAGUGUGGAUAUAUGCGAUUGUUCUUCUGGGAAUCUCGUUGGGGAUAUACCUGCUUCGAAUCAUCCUCUAUCCGAAACAUGUCGGCCGGGAGAUCCGAGGCAAUGUUGUCGAGGCAUCAUGUUUAUCGAGCGUCCCAAUUGCUUUCACCUCGAUCAUUCAGAUGAUUGCUUUGCAGUACUCCGGUGGGGCAGACUUGGUUGCGUAUAUCCUCUGGUGGAUAUCAACCUUCCUCUCUAUAUCCGCCGUCAUCGGCGUACCAUACCUGCAGCUCAAAAUGCAGCCCAAGGGAAUCGAGCAUAUCCCACCAUCCUUCCUCCUCCCGGUGAUCGCCAUCCUCACCUCCGCAGCAGGCGGCGGCGUCAUAGCCCAGAACAGCACCCUCAGCGCACGCCUCAAAGUCCCCGCCAUCAUCGUCUCGUACAUGGAAGUCGGCGCCGGGAUGCCCCUGGCUAUCUGCAUCGAUGCCUGUAUCAUGUACCACCACUUCGACCAGAAGUAUCCGAACCGCGACAAGGUGUACCAGGAUAUGAUCCUCUGCGGACCUUUCGGCCAAGCGAGCUUUGCCCUGCAGAUCCUGGGACUGGCAGUGCAGAAUAGCUUUGGCGAGUAUAAUCGUGGCACGUUGCUCACGGCGCAAGCGGCCUCGCCCAUUGCCGCCGUAAGUGAGUUUGUUGGACUGCUUGCAUGGGGCUUUGGGACAUUCUGGUGGUUUCUUGCCAUUUUGAGUAUUGUGUAUACGCUGUAUGUGCAGUCUGGUGGGCUGAGAGGGAUGAGCUUUUCCAUGAGCGCGUGGUCGCUUAUCUUCCCUUGGGGUGUGUACACGAACGGAGCGGUGCAACUGGGGAAGCUGAUGGAUUCCCCGGCAUUUGAUGUCUGGUCGACGGCGCUCCUGCUCCUGCUGGUCGUUUUGGCAGUUGUGGUCAACUUGUUCACAAUCAAGGGAAUCGUAACAGGGAAGGUGUUUGGGCUCGAGCGUGGGUGGAGAGUACCAAAAGGAGAGGAGCAUUCUGUAUAG